AUGAUGGGCCCUGCGACGGGCAUGCUUGGGGAAGACGGAAUCCACGUCGACAUGAACCACCUAAAGUCUGGAGAAGUCAAUCUGGGCACAUCAAUUAUGGCGAUCAAUUUCAAAGAUGGUGUCAUUCUCGGAGCGGACAGUCGGACAACCACAGGCGCAUAUAUUGCAAAUCGAGUGACGGACAAGCUUACCCAAGUACACGACACGAUCUGGUGUUGUCGGUCAGGAUCGGCUGCCGAUACUCAAGCUGUCGCCGACAUCGUUCAGUAUCACUUGAGCAUCUACGGCAUCAUGAAUAACGAAGCUCCCACAACCCAGACUGCCGCUGCUCUAUUCCAAGAAUUGUGCUAUGAAAACAAGGACCAACUGAGCGCUGGCAUGAUCAUUGCAGGUUAUGACAAACGCAACGGUGGUCAAGUCUAUUCAAUACCCCUGGGUGGAUCGUUGCACAAGGGACCAUAUGCCAUAGGAGGUUCUGGCUCAACCUAUAUCUACGGCUUUUGCGAUGCACAUUGGAAGGAAGGCAUGACUGAAGAAGAAGGAGUGGAAUUUGUAAAGCAAGCCCUGGCAGAGGCGAUCAAAUGGGACGGCAGUUCUGGUGGUGUGAUCCGAAUGGUUGUCUUGACGGCGAAAGGCGCUCAGCGGCAUCUAUAUCUUCCCGAUCAGGGCUACCGGGGACCAGGGACAAAAUAA